AUAGUUCAAGAUAAAAAUUAAAAAUACGAAAACAUAUUUAUAUAUAGAAAAGGUACAAGUUUAUAAGAAGAGAUUAACAGGAUAAAAAAUAAAUUUUACAAUUCUGUCAACUGUAACCAACGAUGAUCGACGUAACUAUCCUAUCGACCGUGCAGAAGGAAAGAAAUUGUCGGCGUCACGUCAGGUGGUGUCAAUUAGGCGCGUAUUCGCACGCGAAGACCGGAAAAAAGCGUUUAUUGGUCACAUAAUGUGUAUAUUCAAAAUAUUGCAAGGCAAGCGUUCCCACACGAAGCACCUAAAAAACACCAUUGCCUAGUAUUUUCAGUUCAUAACGAAUCAUCAUACUACGUGACAGCUUUACAAAAUGAAGAAGAACGUAGAACCCAUGAAAUCUAAAACAGACUCGAAAGAAACAGCCAACGAAAAUAAUCAAGAUACGCGUCCGGGAGACUCGGCAGAAAGUCAAAUAUCAGACGCCGAGUCCAAACCGGAAAUGUCUGACCAAGAACCAACAGUGGUGGCACCACGGAGCGGAAGUAGCUUUUUAAAGCGCGAUAAGGUGAGUGACAUCCCUCUAAAACAAUUAUCGAUCGAUUCAAAAAAUUCUUCUACGAAAACUCCCUUAAAGUUCCUGAAAAUAAUCUCGAACGAAGAAACUCAUGAAAAUAAAUGGAAAAAAUUUUGGGUUCAUCAUCGAGACAAGUUUCGACACAAGCCCGAGGAAGAUUUCACAACGAGGAAUCGAACUUUUGAAGAGAUGACGGCGGAAGUGGACGCGGUAUUCCGAAAGGCGAUUCGAAGCAUGCGAUUCGAUAGAUCCGAUACCGAUCGUCGAUAUUUUAACAUUGACGAGAGCUCUCCGGAGAAAAAUGCUGGCCAAGACGAUCACAAAAACACUGAAAGCAUUUCAGAGUUACCGCAAGCCGUCGAAGCGCCACCUCGAAGGUUAAGAUUGAGUACCGGCCGUACAAAAGACCGUAAGUUCAUGGACGUUUUGGCAGGUGAGCAAGGUACCUUUAAGAAAAAAUCCGAGAGAAAUGAUCCUACUGACAUAAUUUUUGGCGUGAACGAAGAAAAACAGAAAGAAGAUACAUUUAAAGCUAAUGGUGAAAUAUCUGACAUUAAUUUCCUCGUAGGAAUCAGUGACGAGGAGAAGUAUGUUCGAUUGGAGAAUAAGAUUAGAUCGGAUCGUUCGACUAGAAGGUGGAGUUCGUUGGAAAAUUUAGCGAGAAAGGCGGAAAACGUUGGAGAAGAUUCUUCUACAAAUAGGAUAGAGGGUUUGUCGAUCGAAAGACCAGUUCGAAGCAAAGAGAAGAGAACGAUCGGAUCUUUGAGAUCUUCGUUGGGGAGGAAGAUGGGCUCUGUGGAGAGGAUCUUGGAGGAUCAGAUAGAGAAAAUAUGGGAGGAGAAGGUGGAGAAGCAUCCGUGGCUGCUGCCUAUAGAAAGUUGGAUUGUUGAACGUUGCAGGCCCUCUGGAACGUACUCUAUCCUUCACGACAGGAAAAAUAGCGGUUUGAAGAUGGAGGAGGGGAGGUUGAGCGAGAAAGAGCAGAGUUUUGACUUCAAAUUUACUGCGCCUGAAAAGAAGGACGAGGAGGGAAGAAUAGAGAUUAAAUUGGAACAUUUAAAGAGACCGGAGAGAUCGGCAUUCGAGACUGCAAAUUUGAUUUCAAGGUUGAGGAAGUCUUCUUCUGAACAGUCGAAGGUAGAGGAGCAAGAGGUUUUGGACGCGAAGGACGUGAAGCAUCAUGAUCUGUUCGAUAAACUCAAGGGCAAUGUUAAAGAGAAAAUGGAAGAUAUUCAUAGGUAUUUUCAAAGGACCAAUCGAUUGGCGGACGUAAAUAGACGGUUAAAGUCACAGAUAUGGAGCUCCGUGGUAACGAUUGUUCUUGUGGAGGCGAAGAAUUUAUUACCGAUGGAUAUAGACGGUCUUUCGGAUCCCUAUGUCAAAUUUCGUCUCGGAACAGAAAAGUACAAGUCAAAAGUAGUGCACAAGACCCUGAAUCCCGUUUGGUUGGAGCAGUUCGAUCUCCACCUUUACGAAGAUCCUUAUUUAGGUCAAGAAUUGGAGGUCACGGUGUGGGAUCGGGAUAAAAGCCAUCAGGAUGACCUAAUGGGAAAAACGGUAAUCGAUCUGACGACGCUUGAACGUGAGACGACCCAUCGACUCUGGCGGGAUCUCGAGGACGGCUCUGGCAGCAUAUUUUUACUGUUAACUAUUAGUGGUACCACCGCUAGCGAAACGAUCAGCGAUUUAGCCGCACACGAAGACACACCUCGUGAACGCGAGCAAUUAUACCAAAGAUAUGCUUUGGUGAACUCGUUGCAGAGGGUACGAGACGUUGGUCAUUUAACAGUGAAGGUAUUCAGAGCACAAGGUCUCGCGGCAGCUGACUUGGGUGGCAAGAGCGAUCCUUUUUGCGUCUUGGAAUUGGUAAACGCAAGAUUGCAAACACAGACGGAAUAUAAAACGCUGGCUCCAAGUUGGCAGAAAAUAUUCACUUUUAACGUGAAAGAUAUCAAUUCGGUGUUAGAGGUGACAGUGUACGACGAGGACAGGGACCAUAAAGUAGAGUUUCUCGGCAAAGUCGCCAUACCUCUUCUAAGGAUAAGGAACGGUGAGAAACGAUGGUACGCGUUAAAGGACAAAAAACUGAGGGGUCGUGCCAAAGGAAAUUCUCCGCAAAUUCUUUUGGAGCUGAACGUGGUGUGGAACGUUGUCAGAGCAUGUGUUCGAACGUUAAAUCCCAAGGAGAAGAAGUACAUGGAACCGGAGAUAAAGUUCAAAAGACAAGUGUUUUUACGUAACGUUCUCAGGCUGAAGGCAAUCAUCGUUAUCGUGAUUGAUAUUGGAAAAUACGUGCAGAGCUGUUGGGAAUGGGAAAAUAAAAUGAGAAGCAUCAUCGCACUGGUCAUCUUUAUUUUGGGCUGUUACUACUUUGAACCUUACAUGUUUCCUGGAGUAGCACUCCUUAUUCUGUUAAAGUAUUAUCUGGUUGCAGUAAUAACCGGUACACCCUUAUCGCAUCAAUCGAGUUCCCACUUCCACGACGAGGGUGACGAAGGUCCUGCCACUCCUGGGGACGACGACGACGACGAUGACGAUAAGGACAAAGAAGAGAAAAAAAGUCUAAAGGAACGCUUGCAAGCAAUUCAGGAGGUGACUCAGACUGUUCAGAACUCGAUCGGUUACAUAGCCAGCCUCUGUGAAAGAGUGAAGAAUCUCUUCAAUUUCACUGUUCCUUAUUUGAGUUAUUUAGCCAUGAUUUUGGCGAUUCUCGGUGUUGCUGUCCUGUAUUUCAUCCCUCUGAGAUACCUUAUCCUAGUAUGGGGCGUCAAUAAAUUCUCCAGGAAAAUUGUCCGGCCUCACUCGGUUCCAAACAACGAGCUCCUAGACCUCAUAACUAGAGUGCCCGAUGACGAGGAGCUCCUUAAUUACAGAGAGUUGAAACCAUUACCAACUGCCGACUGUGAGAAGAGCAGUACAUCGGGCAGUCCAGGUGCAUCGAAUUUAACGCGGAGGGAACAGAGGAAAAGGCAUAAGGCCGCGUAGCAGCAUGCCCCGCGGCCGGAAGUCGCGGGUCUACGAUCACCGAGCAUCCUGAGGACGGUCCUGCUGCGCCGUAAGAUGCGCCAGCGAAAGGGAUCAGCGGAGAAUCCGGAUGUGAUCGACAUAGACUGAGAAACGUUUUGUUUCCACUCGUAGUUGUCUAGCUAGGGGGGGAUUUUCAUCAUUCUAGUUUUCAGUCUAAUCUGGUCACGUUAAGAACACCUCGCGUGGUAUAUCUUCGAAGUCUGAAAUGUUUUAUUCUCAGUGAGGGUAGUUUUACAUCAUAUUAUGAAGAGAAAUAGGAAAUAGAUAAGAUAUAGUUAGAGGAUGAAAGAGAUCAACCACCAGAUGGUCGAGUUCACUGUAAUAAGAAAGAGAAAA